AAAUGAAAAUGUUUGCAAUCAAAGAUUUACAUUUAGAUUGAAAUUCAUAUUUUCAACACUCUGAGAGGUUGGCGCACCAAAACUUUUUCUGACUUUUCAACUAUUGAAUCCUUUUCCGAACCUGAUACUAAAUUUAAAUAAAACCCGGAGUAAACCCAACCAUGGCUGGAAGAAACCCCUAUCUUCUUCUUAUCCUUCUAUCCUCUGCAGUACAUAAAGCUGAGUCUGCAUGUACAGGAUCAGAGUCUGUACAUUUUGAGCUUGUAACAGGUCAGGUGUACACAGCUCCUACAGAUAUGCUGGAUUCUAGACCUGGAACUCUCAUGCUCACGGACUGUAUAGAACUCUGCCUCUCUAACUCUACUUGUCAAUCUGCAAACUUCGAGACAGGACUCUGUGUACUUUUCUCAUCUUCAGCUCAAUCUUCUCCUGGAGGUUUAACUGUAUCUCAGUAUCCAGUGUUCACUCUCUAUAUACAGAAAGUAUGUUUACCAACCCCAAGCUGUAAAAGAGCCUGGUCUUUUGAAUCAGUUCUAGGGUAUGGAUUGAUGGACUAUGCAAGAAAAAAAGGAGUAGUACCCAACAGAGAGAGCUGUAUGGCUCUUUGUAAAUCUGAACGAGCAUUUCCUUGCAGAUCAGCAACCUAUACCCGAGGGACGGGAGAAUGCCGGUUGUCGGAUAUGGAUCGGCAUACAGUUGCAGGAACACAAACUUGGCAACAGUCACCACCAGAUGAAUAUUUAGAGAACAAUUGUGUCGAUGAUCCUGUUAAACUCUGUGAUUUCCAGCUACUGGAGAAUAGAAUCAUGAAAACUGUAGAUUCAGUUUAUCAGGAUGUCCCAGCUAUGGAAGCGUGUCGUGAUCUCUGUCUAACAGCUCCUUACAGAUGCCAUUCCUUUGAUUACGGAGAUACAGGAGAUAGAGUUUGCAGAUUAUCUCACCAUACCUCUGCUACCCUUACUCAGAUUCAGGAUCCGUUUCUUGUAAUUGGAGAUGUGAGAGGAACCUUCGAACUCAGCUCCUGCUAUAAUGUAACCAUUGAUUGCAGGUCCUCUGAUAUGGUUGCUACGAUUACAACCAACAAGAUAUUCUCUGGGAAGAUUUACGCCAAGGAGAACCCAAACAGUUGUCUGGUUGAUGUUGAGGGGGAUAUACAGUUCAGUAUAACUAUGGCGUACAAUGAUCUUGAAUGCAACGUGAAGAGGGAAGGAGACGGAGUGUACACUAAUCAGGUUAUUAUCCAGCACCAUGACAGUGUAGUGACCAGCUCCGACCUAGGUUUAGCUCUGCAUUGUCAAUAUGAUCUAGGAAACAAAACUGUAAGUAACGGACUAGACCUGGAGGUGAAGGGUGAGAUCCAACCCGCCCUAGUGGAGGAGGGGAAGGUGGAGUCCCCAACCGUCAUCAUGAGCGUGACUGCCCGGGGAGGAGGGCAGGUCAAGCAGGCUGCUGUGGGAGAUCCGUUAGAACUACAUUUCUCAAUCCUUGAUCAGGAUUCUCCCUACGAGAUAUUUGUCCGAGAGCUGGUUGCUAAAGACGGAAAUGAUCAGAAUGAGAUAGUUCUACUUGACAGUGUAGGUUGCCCCACCGAGGGAAGGAUCCUGGGUCCACUAGGCAUGGAAUCUGAUAGACCUAAAUCCUUAAUGGCAAGGUUCGAUGCUUUCAAGUUUCCAACUAGCGAGGUUGUUCAGUUUCGAGCUCUUGUUACUCCCUGUAUGCCGAAAUGUAAACCGGUAGAGUGUGUUUAUCAAGAUUAUUUCGGCGGAGACAAAACUAGGAUUAGUUCCUACGGAAGGCGGAGGAGAGAUAUAAGUUUGGCGGAGAAUCCGUUGACAAGAUGGCGGGAUAGCUCCAGGUUUCGGCGGAGUCAGGCCGGGUUGUCUCUCUCCGACGACGUGCUUGUUACGCAUGCUUUUGUGAUCACGGAUAAGUUUGCGAAAAAGGAAACAGAUCGUGGGAGGAAUGAUGUAGAGAAAUCAAGUAACCUGAACAAGAUCACGGAAAACUAUUAUGACAAGGAUUCACUUUCCUUCUCCGGAGAAACAAAAACCGAAUCCUUCGAUCCUGCCGGACUAGAGGUUUGUUUAAACCUGACUGGACUUAUUGUUGGAGUAGGACUGUUCCUGUUUAUCCAGCUAGUUCUUGUAUUUGCCUGGACCCACUUCUGGCAGUCAAGGCAGAGGAAAAAGGGAAACUUACCCUUUAACUAGAUCUAUCUUUACAUUAACCAAAUCUUACCGUUUAACUAGAUCUAUCUUUACAUUUACCAAAUCUUACCCUUUAACUAGAUCUAUCUUUACAUUAACCAAAUCUUACAAUGGUUAGGAAACUCGCCACAAACCAACUCCUUUAUCUUUUCACCCUGAUGGUGUAAACCUUUAUAUUUUAAACUUAGACUAAUUGAUAUAACAGAUUUUCUGUCUUGAAAUAUCACAGGCCCAAAACAAAAUUAGGUUAAAAAGAUAUAUGGAUUAAAAACUGUUAUUUGUGGCGAGCAGUCUUAUAUUGUUUAGAAUAUCCCCCUUUACUCUUAUUGACAGUUAUUAAUGUAAAUUAUUUAUUUUCCAAGCGGAAAAUUUGCCUAAUCUAAUGCAACAAAUUGAUCCACUGAAUAUGAAAAUUAUCAUUUUUCCACCGAAAAUUUGAAUCUCAGACUAAUGGUUUCCUACGACUAUGUUUACUACGAGCUUCCAAGUUUAACUAACUAACGAUUAGUUUCUACUAGUUAUUUGCAAAAAAAAACAGAAAUUUAUAAAAUGACGAAACUUGCUAAAAAUGUAAAAUAAGUGUGAUAUAGUGAUAACCAUGAGACAAUCUAUCAAUAGCUUAGAAUUCUGUAAUCCUUAGAUCAUUUAAUCCUAGAAUUCUGAAAUCCUAGGAUUCUGCUUCCUAGAAUCCUUUAAUCCUAGAAUUCUGUAAUCCUAGAAUUCUGUUAUCCUAGACUUCUGUUAUCCUAGAAUUCUGAAAUCAUAGAAUCCUAGAACCCUGAAAUCCACAAUUAUGUUAUCCUAGAAUCCUAGAAUCCUAGAAUCCUAGAAUCCUAGAAUCCUGGAAUCCUAGAAUCCUAGAAUCCUAGAAUGCAAGAAUCCUAGAAUGCAAGAAUCCUAGAAUUUAAGAAUCCUAGAAUCCUAGAAUCCUUGAACCCUGUAGUCCUAGAAUCCUGUAAUUCUAGAACCCUGUAAUCCUUAAAUCCUGCAAUCCUGUAAUCCUUAAAUCCUGUAACCCUGUAAUCCUGUAAUCCUAAAAUACUGUAUAAUCCUAGAAUUCUGUAGGGAUGGGAAAAUAUCUUCAAUAUCGUGGAUUCGGGGAGCUUCAAGAUAUUGUAGUUUUUCAUAAGAUUUUCCUAAAAGUAGUUCGCUUAAAAAGUGGAGAAUAUGAUUAUGAAGUUAUAAGUUUGAUUUCUUCUUUCUUGCUUUCAUCAAAUUCAAAAUCUAUAAAACAGCAUCUGAUUGUAUCUACUUUAAUUUGAACAGCAUUAAAAAUAAAAAUAAAAAUAGCAUUAACUUAAUUAACAUGAAAUAUUUGUUCACUCAGGACAAAGUAUUAUAAACUCAAAAAUAUCUGAUGCUGUAACAACAGGUGUUUUUUCUUCACUUUUUAUAAUCCAAAUAAUUCUAAAGGUAACGGAAAGAAUUGAGUUUUUACCAGAACUGAAUUUUUAACCCCUUUAUUUUUGCCAACCAAUGUCGUAGACCUUAGGUAUUUUAAACUGUAUCAAAUAAUCUAAGUUCGAAAUAUUAAAAGUAUAGUUCAUCAGGUGGAAAAGAUAUGAAGGAAAACUACAAUAUUUUAAGGCCGAUGUUGACCUAACUACCUAACCCUUAGUGCUUUAUCAAUUCAAUUGUAAUUUGUCUUCCAAGCAUAGCAAGUUAUAUUAGAUUUGUUUCUUAUAUAAAAUAGAACUAAAUAUCCUAUUGUGUAUGUUUAUAUUAUGUAAUAAAUGUU